AUGGCCGUUUUGUCAAAGCUUCUAAGCUUUCCGAGUCUUACCCUCGCAGCUUGUAUCGAGGGCUUCUUUGCCAUCAAGUUCUUUCCCAAUUACUACAGCAGUCAGAGUCAUUUGGCGGCUGUGGUCACAAUACUGCUAAUCAACUAUGCGUUCGGAGUCAUUUUCUGGGUGUUAUUGUACCCACGCUUGUUCAGCCCGCUUCGACGUAUUCCGGGACCAAAGGCCUACCUGAGCGCCGCUCAUCAUUCUCUCGUUGUUAAGGGGAGACCAUCCGGUGACUUGUUCCUCGAUCUAGCAAAGGAAUAUCCCCGACAAGACAUCAUCAUGCUCAAUUCAACUCGCGACCAAGUAUGCAUCAUGAAUCCUCAGCUACUGGCAGACCUUUUAGUUCACAACUGCUACGACUUUGCCAAACCGAAACGGAUCAGCGGUUUCCUGCGUCAUGUUCUAGGAGAUGGUCUCAUCAUAGUCGAAGGUGAACAGCACAAAUUCCUACGAAAGAAUUCGACACCAGCGUUUCACUUUCGCCAUAUCAAGGAGCUCUAUCCCAUGAUGUGGACCAAGAGUGAGACACUUACAAAGGCGAUCGCUCAGGAUAUCACGGCAUCUAGAUCAUCAGUCGUGGAGCUCAACGGUUGGGCGAGCAAGGUCACCUUGGAUAUCAUCGGUAUUGCUGGUCUUGGUCGCAAAUUCGACGCCGUUGAGAAGAAGGUUGAUCCACUGGCCGACAUCUACGAACAGUUACUCGAACCUGACCGAGAGAAACUCAUUUUUGCGAUGUUAUCUUUGGCCGUGGGAUUGCCCAUCAUUCGUCUUAUCCCAUGGAAGAUGAAUGACGUAUUCAACUACUUGACUGGAUCUUUGAAUGAACUCUGCUACCCUAUGAUCAAGGAGAAGAAGGCUGCAAUUUUCGAGAAGGGAGAUGACCAUUUUGACGUUUUGUCGCUUCUGAUCAAGUCAAACAACUUUUCAGAUGAGGCCUUGAAGGAUCAACUACUGACCUUCCUAGCAGCUGGACACGAGACUACCGCAUCAGCACUUACUUGGGCUUGCUACCUACUCACCAAGUACCCCGACAUCCAGAAGAAACUCAGAGAAGAAAUCCGAGAUGCAUUACCCGUCGACGUCGACAGUAACACACCAGACCUCGCCAGCAUUCUCGAACAACUACCUUAUCUCAACGGUGUCAUGCACGAAACUCUACGUCUAUACCCAACCGUUCCUCUAACCAUGCGUUCUGCCCUCCGCGACACACGCAUCGGUGAUCAAUUCAUCCCCCAAGGCACCGACGUAAUUGUAUCAAUCUGGUACAUCAACCGCUCCCUGGAAAUUUGGGGUCCAGACGCAGCAGAGUUCCGACCCGAGCGAUGGAUGACAGAGGAUGGAAAACCCAACCAGAACGGGGGAGCAAGCAGUAACUACAACUUCCUUACCUUUUUGCACGGCCCACGAAGCUGUAUUGGUCAAGGCUUUGCAAAGGCUGAGAUGCGAUGUUUGUUGGCGAACAUGGUCAAGUCAUUUGAGUGGACGUUGGCGAUGGAUGAUAAACUUGUUUUGCCGAGGGGUGUUAUUACUAUCAAGCCGGAGAAUGGCAUGUAUCUUAAAAUGAAGGCUAUCUGA